AUGGCUUGCACUACAAAGACUGCAAGGGAACUCGUUCAAGAACCCCUCCCUGGCCUGAAUAUAGGCCCCGAAAAGACUACUAAUCACGCAUUACACGACGUUGUCUUUUCAGGAACUCUCAGACCAUGGCCUAACUUUUAUCAGGAUGUCGAGGCCACCUUCAUCAACCACAAUUGGGUUGGAGGGGCAAUCUGUGCAGUGGAGAACGGACCUUCCCCCCAUAGUCUGUCCCACGAGCAUGUUCGCAUUGGCGAUGAGCACGGGACCCAGGGUCGCGUUAAUCAAUCAGUCGGACAGGCUAUGGGGGGGAUAUUCAGGUCCCAGAAUAUGGACAUCAGUCUUGGAGAUUACAAGUCCUGCACCGACACCCCAACCAACUACAAAAAGGUGCCGGAUAGCAUGCUGCGCAAUGGCGCCGGAGCUCCCUACGCAGUAGGGGAGAUAAAGACUCCCUGGAUCCCCCGCCAUGAUAUCAAGCAGGCUUACCUUGACGAGAGAGAAUUUCGCCGAAUACUUGGUUAG